GUACUCCGUAGGACGGUACCUAUUCUGCCUCUUCCCUAUUCCUUGCCUCAAUUGUUGGCUUGGACUAUCUGUCCUUCCGAUCCUCUUUCACUGAGUCCCUGACUUUGUCGCCUACUCUUCCCAUUGCUUUGCCUCGUUCCACUCGACCCGGUUCGCCCCUUCUGCCAUCCUCGGUCCCCGUCAUUGCCGUGUGCAUGGCAAUCGUCCUAUUUGGCCUGAUCUCACUGUACUGAAAGAGCCACUUCGCCUGGCUCGCUGCGCUGCGACCAUGCGUCUCCCCGGUGGUGUCGCAGUGGCCCUGAGCUUCUGCGCCGCGGCCUCCGCUUCGCUCCAUCCUGCUCGCUCCUACGAGACCCGUGAUUACUUCGCUCUUCACCUCGACGAGUCCGCCUCCCCGUCGGAUGUCGCUCAACGGCUGGGUGCCCGCCACGAAGGCCCCGUCGGACAGCUCCCCCAACACCACACCUUCUCCAUUCCGCGAGACAACGGCGAAGAUGUCGAUGCGCUUCUGGAUCAAUUACGCGACCGGCGGAGAUUACGGCGCCGCUCCGGAGAUCCCUCCGUUUCGCUUCCCUCGCUAGUCGGGAGGGAUGAGGGUCUGGACGGCAUCCUCUGGUCUCAGAAACUGGCCCCCCAGAGGAAGCUGCACAAGAGGAUCCCCCCGCCGUCCAAUCUGGCGAGAUCCCCCGCCGAUGCGAAGGAAGACUCCCAGGCGGUCCAGGCGCAGAAGCAGGUCGCUUUGGAACUGGCCAUCACAGACCCGAUCUUCAGUGGACAGUGGCAUCUGUACAACACCGUCCAGCUGGGCCACGACCUUAACGUGACCGGAAUCUGGCUGGAAGGGAUCACAGGGAAGGGUGUCACGACGGCCGUCGUCGAUGACGGAUUGGACAUGCACAGCAAUGAUCUCAAGCCCAACUAUUUCGCUGAGGGCUCCUGGGAUUAUAACGACCAGUCGCCGGAGCCCAGACCGCGCCUCAGCGACGACCGGCACGGUACCAGAUGCUCGGGUGAAAUCGCCGCGGCGAAGAACGACGUGUGCGGCGUGGGUGUUGCCUACGACAGUCGAAUCGCGGGAAUCCGGAUUCUCUCCGCCCCCAUUGAUGACACGGACGAGGCCGCCGCGAUUAACUAUGCAUACCAGCAGAACGAUAUCUACUCGUGCUCCUGGGGCCCCUACGAUGACGGCGCCACGAUGGAAGCACCCGGGACACUGAUCAAGAGGGCCAUCGUCAACGGCGUGCAGAACGGCCGGGGCGGAAGAGGCUCUAUCUUCGUGUUUGCGGCUGGAAACGGUGCCGGCCACGAUGACAACUGCAAUUUCGACGGCUACACGAAUAGCAUCUACAGUAUCACCGUGGGCGCGAUCGAUCGGGAGGGCAACCACCCUAGCUACUCCGAAUCCUGCUCGGCCCAGUUAGUGGUCGCCUACAGCAGCGGCUCGAACGAUGCCAUCCACACGACUGAUGUUGGCACGGACAAGUGCUCGUCGACCCAUGGCGGUACCUCGGCUGCGGGUCCGUUGGCCGCCGGUACCAUUGCCCUCGCUCUCAGUGUGCGGCCGGAGCUGACCUGGCGCGAUGCUCAAUACCUGAUGAUCGAGGCGGCGAUUCCGGUCCACGAAGACGAUGGAAGCUGGCAAGCCACCAAGAACGGAAGGAAAUUUAGCCAUGACUGGGGCUUCGGCAAGGUGGAUACCUACACUCUGGUGCAGAGGGCCAAGACCUGGGACCUGGUGAAGCCCCAAGCCUGGUUCAACUCCCCGUGGCUGCGGGUGCAUCAUGACAUUCCGCAGGGCGACCAAGGUCUUGCCAGCACGUACGAGGUGACUCAGGAUAUGAUGAAGGAGGCCAACCUCGAACGACUCGAGCAUGUGACGGUGACUAUGAACGUCAACCACACGCGCCGUGGUGACCUCAGUGUGGAACUGCGUAGCCCCGAAGGUCUCGUCAGUCAUCUGAGCACGGCUAGACGGCCGGAUAACGAAAAUGCCGGCUACGAGGAUUGGACCUUUAUGAGCGUUGCCCAUUGGGGCGAGUCUGGCGUCGGGAAAUGGACCGUGAUCGUCAAGGACACCAACGUCAACGAGCACAGCGGGCAGUUCGUGGAUUGGCGUCUCAACCUUUGGGGAGAGGCGCAGGACGGGUCCAUCCAGCCCCUUCACCCCAUGCCCACCGAACAUGACGAUGAUCACCCUUACGAGGAUGCGCCCGUGGCCACUACGAGCAUUAGCCCUCCUCCCCCAAAGACGGAGCCGCUCGCCACUCCCACUGAUGGUGUUGAUCGCCCGGUGAACGUCAAGCCCACGGCAUCUGCGCAGCCGACGGGCACGGUUGAUGCCCCCAUUGAUGACGAAAACAAGGAGAAUCCCGCUACCGAGACCAGCUCCACGGCGACGCCUUCCGCUACCGCCGCAUCGGGCAGUUUCUUGUCAUUCUUCCCAACCUUUGGUGCGUCGAAGCGCACGCAAGCCUGGAUCUAUGCCGCGAUCGGGUCUAUCAUCGUGUUCUGCAUCGGGCUCGGAGUCUACUUCCACGUCCAGCGGCGGAAGCGCAUUCGCGACGACAACCGCGAUGACUACGACUUCGAGAUGAUCGAGGAUGAUGAUGAGCUGCAGGCGAUGAACGGACGGUCGAAUCGCGGUCGCCGUCGGGGCGGCGAGCUUUAUAAUGCUUUUGCGGGCGAGAGCGACGAGGAGGAGCCUUUGUUCAGCGACGAUGACGAUGAGCCGUACCGGGAUCGUGGGAUAAGCACGGAACGUGAGCGGGACGGUCCGAAUGGCGAGCAGACCGGGAGGUGAAGGGGAAUAACUGGACUGAGAUAGAAUAUCCUUCCUUUUUUGCUUCUUGUUGCACGUCGGUUCGGAAUGGUGCUGCUUGCUUCAUAAUGUUAUUUGCCGAUUGGGUGGCCUGACCUGGCUUUGAAUUAUCAUGUGUUCAUGCAUGAGGAAAGCGUGUAUAUACGAGACAUUUGUGAGUGUAUCAGCGCAUAUGCAUU